CUCUCUCUGGAGCAGAUGUGGACUGUGUGUCAGUGUACUGGAUCAGAGGACUCCAGGGAUCUGAAAACUGCUGAAGGAUGGGGGCCAGAGCAGUGGUCAUUUCUUCUCUUGCUUGGGGGCUCCUGAGUUGCUGUUUCCUCUGUAGUGGGGCUCUAGGGAGCCAAAGGCCCUUGCGCUCUCUGCCUCCACUACCGUCCCAAGCCAAGCCAAGAUCUGAGCCCAUGUGGAUGCCCCCAAAGGGGGCUGAAGCAGCCCUGGCCUUUCUCUACUCUGGAGAUGUUCAACGGCUGUCAGGAGCAAACUGCAGUGAGAAAUAUGAAGUCCGUGGGGCGGAAGGCAAAGCCGGGGUCCCCCCAGUCCUACAGAGAGCAGCGGGCACCCUGGCCCAGGCUGCCAACUUUCUCAACAUGCUCCUACAAGCCAACGACAUCCGGGAGUCGAGCGUGGAGGAGGACGUGGAGUGGUAUCAGGCGCUUGUUCGCAGUGUGGCAGAGGGAGACCCGAAAGCCUACAGGGCUCUGCUGACCUUUAACCCUGCACCGGGGGCCAGCCACCUUCAGCUGGCCCUGCAGGCCACUCGGAUGGGGGAUGAGACCGUCCUUCAGGACCUCUCUGGGAACAAGGUACAGGAAGAGACUCCAGGAGAGGAUCUGGAUCGUCCUGUCCUCCAGAAGCGAGUACUGACCAAUGACCUAAGGAGCCUUGACAGUCCCAAGUGGCCACGGGGGGAUGGAUACGUGGGGGACAUACAGCAGGUGAAGCUAUCUCCCCCUUUCCUGGAAUGUCAUGAGGGCCAGCUCCGUCCUGGCUGGCUAGUCACAGUCUCUGCCACGUUCUAUGGACUCAAGCCAGACCUCACCCCAGAGGUCAGGGGACAGGUGCAGAUGGACAUCGACCUCCAAAGUGUGGACAUCAACCAGUGUGCAAGCGGCCCGGGCUGGUACUCAAACACACACCUGUGCGACCUCAACAGCACCCAGUGUGUCCCUCUGGAGAGUCAGGGUUUUGUCCUUGGCCGCUAUCUCUGCCGCUGCCGACCUGGAUUCUAUGGAGCUAGUGGUUCUGGGGGCUUAGAAGAGAGUGCAACACAAGCUGCCGGGCAAUUUGGGUCCCCACAAGACAGCUUAGGGAAGCUGCUACGGUGCCAGCCGUGUCCUGAGGGCUGCACCAGCUGUCUGGAUGCCACACCAUGCCUGGUGGAAGAGGCCCUGGCACUGAGGACGGCAGUGCUGGCAUGCCAGGCCUGUUGCAUGCUGGCGGUCUUCCUGAGUAUGCUGGUGGCCUACCGUUGCCGAGGGAGCAAGAGGAUCCGGGCAUCUGGAAUCGUCCUGCUGGAAACCAUCCUUUUUGGAUCCUUACUUCUCUACUUCCCGGUGUUCAUUCUGUACUUCAAGCCCAGCGUAUUCCGCUGCGUUGCUCUCCGUUGGGUCCGGCUGCUGGGUUUUGCCGUCGUCUAUGGGACCAUUAUCCUGAAGCUUUAUAGGGUGCUCCAGCUGUUUCUGUCUCGAACUGCCCAGCGGGUGCCACACCCAAGUAGCGGGCAGCUGCUGCGGCGUCUGGGGCAGCUCCUGCUGCUGGUAUUGGGCUUCCUGGUUGUGUGGACAGCGGGCGCCCUGGAGCCAGGCACCCAGCACACAGCUCUGGUGACCCGGGGUCACACUCCCACUGGCCGCCACUUCUACCUCUGUCACCAUGACCACUGGGACUACAUCAUGGUUGUGGCGGAAAUGCUGCUGCUUUGUUGGGGCAGCUUCCUCUGCUAUGCCACCCGGGCUGUCCCCUCAGCCUUCCACGAACCACGCUACAUGAGCAUUGCCCUGCACAAUGAGCUACUGCUCUCUACUGCCUUCCACACUGCCAGGUUUGUGCUGGUUCCUUCCCUGCACCCAGACUGGACACUUCUCCUCUUCUUCCUCCAUACCCACAGUACAGUCACAGCCACACUUGCUCUGAUCUUCAUCCCUAAGUUCUGGAAGCCAGGGGCACCUCCCCGGGAAGAAAUCUUGGAUGAAGUGUAUGAGGAUGAGCUGGACCUGCAACGCUCAGGCUCCUACCUCAACAGCAGCAUCGCCUCGGCAUGGAGUGAGCGCAGCCUGGAGCCAGGGGAUAUUCGGGAUGAGCUGAAGAAACUCUACGCCCAGUUAGAGAUCCGAAAGACCAAGGAGAUGGCUGCUAACAACCCCCACCUGCCCAAGAAGCGGGGCAGCUCGCACCAGGGAUUGGGCCGCUCUUUCAUGAGAUACCUGGCCGAGUUCCCAGAGGCCCUGGCUCGGCAGCACUCUCGGGACUCGGGCUCUCUCGGCCUCGGCAGCCUGCCAGGCUCUUCCCGACGAAGGCUCCUCAGCUCCAGCCUUCAAGAAACGGAGAAGCCACCGGCCCUCCGCAAGACCCGCAGCACUUAUGACCACCACAGGGAACAUAACACUCUCCCCUUCGACUCCACGCUGAGACGGACCCUGUCCAAGAAGGCUUCCCCCACAGACGGCCGAGAGUCGUUGGCAGACGGGCCCCCAGCCCUGGGCUUCAGGUCUGCCAGUGCUCACAACCUGACAGUGGGAGAAAGACUCCCUCGAGCCAGGCCCAUCUCCCUGCAGAAGUCACUCAGUGUGGCGGCUGGCUCCAGGGAAAAGGCGCUGCUGGUGGCCAGUCAAGCCUACCUGGAGGAAACCUAUCGGCAGGCAAAAGAGAGAGAGGAAAGAAAGAAGGCUGAGGCAGCCAUGGUGAGCCCGGUGCGGAGGCCAUCGACCAGGAGGCUGGAAUGGCCUCUAAGGGCUCCUCUGUCAGCCCCACCUUCUCCUGGCAAGAGCAGCAGCAUGGACAGCUCUCAAACCACUGCGAGGCCUCAUGAAGAGGCUGGGAGAAGGCUGCCUCACCCACCCAUCAGGCACCAGGUCUCCACACCGGUCUUGGCUCUGUCCGGGAUCUGCCUGGGAGAGCCAAGAAUGUUGUCUCCCACUCCGGCCUCCACAUUGGCUCCUAUUCUGUUGCCGGCUCCGGCCCCAGCCCCCGCCCCUGUUCUGGCACCAGUCUCAAAACCCCCUCAAAGCCCCACCCUUCUCACUUUCAUCUGCCCCUGGGAGAAUGCAGAACUUCCAGGCAAGAAAGAAAAUGUGGUCCAGGAAGACCCGGCAGGGCCAGAGCGAAGCGGCCACUCACCUGCCUCUGCUCGUACCAAGAUCUGGAGGGCCCUGUCUGUGGCAGUGGAGAAAAGGGGGACUGGAGAGAGUGAGGCACUCACAGAGGGUGGGCAUGUCCAGGGGGAAGCCGAUGAUACAGAUGAGGAAAAGCCCAAGGUCUUCUCAAAAUCCCACAGCCUCAAGACCCCUCUGCAGCAGGGUUCCGUGCGCAGCCUGGGCCUGGCCAUUAAAGCUCUGACCCGGUCUAGGAGCACCUACAAAGAGAAGGAUGGUGGGGAGGGCACCCCUGAGACUGAGAAGGGAAAGCCUACCGAGGUGAGCACAGGGGCUCCACUCCGAUCUCCCAGGCUAGGCCGGCCCAAGGCAGUGAGCAAACAGGUUGCCCUCGCCCCCUGCGAAGAUGAAGAGUCCCUCCAGAACCAACAGAACGCUCACACCAGCCGCAUGCUCCACGUUUGUCAAAAGGAGGGCAGCCGAGAGCAAGAAGAUAGGAACAAGAGAGUGGCCCCGGGUCCAGGGGAGCGGAAAGUUGAGAGAACUGGUAAAAUAACGAUGACCACACUGAGGCAAGUUUUUGGGGAGAAAAAUGCUGAACAAGCGAAGGAAUCCCCCGCGGGAUACCAAGAGGUGCCCAACCCUGCCCUCCAGUCCCUGGGCAGUGCUGACCACAGGGUGGCAGAGGUGUGCCCCUGGGAAGUAACUGAACCCGAAUCAGGAAUGGACCCGCCAGAGAGUGUCAACAAGGCCAAAGUCUACUCCUGGGAGAGGACUGAGGGAGGAAGCCUUGAGAAGAAGCCAUCAAGACAAGUCCUAAGUAGGUCCUGGGAAGAGAGAGAGAAAGUCCUAGCGGAGUCAGAGACCGAAGGUGUGGGUGCCAUUCCUCGGAAGAAGCCGGAGAGGCUGGUCCGGAGCCAGGAGGCUGUGUGUCCCUGGGAGAGCCCGGACUCUGGAGGUCUGUCUCCUCAAUUAGUGCAUCAGGAGUCUGACAGAACUGGGGGCAGGUUUGUGGUAGUGAGCAAAGGAGACGCACACCCAGAGGCUCUUCCGUCCCAUGCUGCCAAGGCAGAACUGUGCCUGUGGGAGAUGAGUGAUGUGGGGGAGGGGACAUCUACUCAGAGGGUACAGGAACUCCCUGAAGAAAGGCAGAAAUCCCCCAAGAAGGCAACCUUCUGGGGAGAACGGAAUCUGGGCGGAGACCUGGUGUCUCUCUGUCCGUGGGAAAGUACUGAUUUUCGGGGCCCUUCAGCCGUCUCACUUCAAGCCCCAGGAAGCUCAGGUAGUUUGGGCAGUGGUAUUGCGGAGGUAUGCCCAUGGGAGGCGGAGAACAUAGCUAAUGACAAGAAAGCUGAGGUCUGUCCCUGGGAGCUGGGGGAGGAGCUAGCAGGUUCAGACGGGCUGAAUCCGGGGGCAGAUGGGAAGUCUCUCCCAGGAAAGGAGACUCCCUCCAGAAAGGGAUGCUUAGCAGAGUCGGGGGAGCAAACCGUGAGGGCAAAACCCACAGUCCCUCAAGGACAGGAGUCAGUAUGCCCUUGGGAGGAUGAAGCCCCUGAGCGGUCCAGCCCACAGCCAGACAAAGCUUCCUCCAAGGCCGGUGAGAAACUCCUAAGCCAUGGGGGUAGCCAGGUACUGCAAGUGUGUCCUUGGGAAGCAGUCAAGCCAGAGGAAAAGCAAGCAACACUUUCAACAGCAGAAAUCUGUCCCUGGGAAGUAGAUGGACAACCAGAGACCAGGACAUCAGAACACCCAUCAAAAGGAGAAGUUCACAAAGAUGAGGAGAAAAUGCCGGGGAGAGCAAGGAUCAAAGCACAGGAAGAGGCUGAGGGGCGGAUCCAAAAGCAGGAAGCAAUCUGCCCCUGGGAGAGCAUGGCCCCGGGUAGCACCCCACAAAGAGACACAGAGAAAGCCCAAGCCUCUCUCCAGAGGCAAGGCAGCGUGGCAGGCAGAGCUGCUGAGAUCUGUCCCUGGGAAGUGGGGACUGAGGUUGGAGAGGAAAGGACUAUUGGAGCUGAAGCCUCUGAGGCCCGUCCGAACGAUGCAGGCCACGCGUCUACAGAUUCUGGAUCCAGGCAGGUAGCUGCCAGUGCUCCAAAAAAGUCAGAGAGGCUUGGUUCGGAGAAGGAGGUGGUCUGUCCCUGGGAUAGCUUGAGUCCAGGGGACUCCUCUCAGCAGCCAGACACUCCGAACACUGAGAAACUAAAAGAUGAACUCCAGGAACACGGGAGCUCCAGGCCCAUAGAGGUGUGUCCCUGGGAAGCCGAGGAAGUUCCUACUGGUGAAAAAGCCAAGAUCUGUCCCUGGGAAUUGAAUGAAGGGACGGUGGGAAAAGGACUGGAGCGAGAGCCGGGAUGCGAGCCAGAACGGCAAAGGAGACAGAAUCUAGAAGAGGCAGGACUCCCCUUCCAAGAAGAAGGCACGUCAAAGGGGGACACAAAACUCUGCCGGGAACAGGAAGGGGAAGCUAUCUGUCCUUGGAAACCACCUGCCCAGGUCCCCAAGGUCUCAGACUUGCCCCUCAGCACUGUUGGUCAGGGAGUAGAAGGACAGUCCUUGGAAGCAAGUGACAGGGCAUCAGAGAAGGGAGAGCUGAGACAAGACCUGAAGAUGGGUUCUCUCCCAGAAUACAUAACCCAAGUGGUUCCUGUCGAUGGGGGAGGAGCAAGCUCGGAACUUCAGCCUAUAAGCCUGCAGGAAGGCAUGGUACUGGCAGGCUCUUCCUCCCAUCCACACAUCCAGUGCCCUGACCAACCUAGAGUUAGCUCCCAGCCCUUGGUCAGCACCGGGGAUGGGACUGCUGAGGUGUGCCCAUGGGAUGCUCCUGACUCGGACAGUGACACCAAGGUUGAGCCCUGUGCCCAGAAGGUGACUGGGAGAGUUACAGAGACAGAGAUGUCAAGACAAGAUGAAAAGGAGAAAUCUCAAGAGGAGAAAGAGCGAGCCCCUGAAACACGAGAUCACGAAGGUGUGGCCGUUCAGAAAAUGCCACAGACCAGCAACUUUGGGAAGCAGGAAGCUGUGUGUCCCAGGGAGAGUCAGGACUUUGGGGUGCAAGCAGCUACAGAUGCUUCUGAUGGAAGCAAAGGCGGUUCUGAGAAAGUGUGUCCUUGGGAAGUAGAAGAGGUCCCUUCUAUCAAGGAAGCUGAGAUCUGCCCCUGGGAGGCAAGUCCAGGAGCUGUGGGGGAGGGGGCGCUGGACCUGGGGCAGGAUGGAGAGUCACAGGGGGAGGGAAGGGCUGAAAGACAUCUCUUGAAGGCAGCAGAGACAGUCUGCCCCUUAGAAGGCACAAUGUCAUCAGGGCUCUUCACCCAGGAAGACGUGGUGGACACAGACCUCCCCAAGGUUGGUCUUCAUGGAGCAAGCAGCCCAGGGAAAGGGCUAGCAGAACUGUGUGUGUGGGAAGUCACAGACCCGGAAGGAAAUAAAAUCAAGGGUACCAUGGCAGACAUCUGUCCCUGGGAGGAGACUAGAGCCCAAUCUGAUGAAUCUGGCCCCCUGGCUUUACCAGUAACCCAGGCAGGUGUGCCAGCUGCCCCUGAGAAAUCAGUCUGUCUCUCGGUACACGGACCGUUGGAGAGCUUUCUCCCAGAGAGCAAGAGUGUCCGCCCAGACAUCAGCAAGCCACCUGGCUCUUCCCGCCCGGAAGGCGUCAGAGAACAAGAACCUUUGGAGCUUGAGACUGGAGCCAAGUCAGUUCCAAAGCCAAGCCCCACAGAAACGGAGGCUCCAGAGUCUUUCACCUUAACUGACGACCAAGGACUAAUGGCUUCUGAAGGAGAGGCUGGAGAACUCAGCCCUCCCCCUGACUACCCUUGGGACUGUGAAUGACAGCACCCUCCCCCUGACUACCCUUGGGACUGUAAAUGACAGCACCCCCCCCUGGCUACCCUUGGGACUGUGAAUGACAGCACCCUACCCCUGACUACCCUUGAGACUGUGAAUGACAGCACCCUCCCCCUGACUACCCUUGGGACUGUGAAUGACAGCACCCUGGUGGGGGUCAGAACUCCUUCAGGACACUUCCUGUGUUCCAGUGUUCCCAAAGAGCUGACUCAAAGAUAGCUUGGGUACUUCCUGGGCCCAGGAGGCCAGAUGGCAACCCAUUCAGAAGGAACUGUAGAAGAAGGGUUGGAGCCCAGGGGACAUUCUGUUCUCCCCACUUCUCUCCCUGCUUCAGGAAACAGAAACUAGACCUUCAUCUUCUAAAGAGUUCUGCCAUUCGUCCAGAGUACCCUACACAGCUGUUCAAACUGGAAUUCUCCCAAAGUUUACCCAAGGUAGCAAAACAACUAGAGCACUUAAGGGAGUAGCAACUGGGGACUGUGGGCAAGAGAAGGCUAUAAGGCCAUGUAGUUCAGGAUGAAAGAUGAGAUGGCUCUGUGAUUGAGAGCGCAUGCUGCUCUUGCACAGGACCCAGGUUUGGAUCUCAACGGCCAAGACAAAUCGGCUUAUAACCACUUGUGACUCCAGCUUGGGGAGGGGGGUGUCCUCCAAUUUCUUCUCCUGGUCUCUGAGGCUACCUACACUCAUGUGCACAUAUCCCCACAGAGACAGACAUAUAGAGAGACACACACACAUAUACACACAAAAUUAAAAUAAAUAUUUAAAAGAUGAAAACUAAACCAGAGGAAAACAAAGACAAAAAUAAUGUGUCUGGAAAAAAGCCUCACAGGCCUAGACCUUGCCCCUCUCCCCACCCCUUUCCCUGACACGUGGUCCCAUAGAGGACGGGCUGGGACAUCUAAAAAUCAGGAUGUAGCUAAGGCUGAACUUUUAUCUUCCGGUCCUCCUGCCUCCACUUCCUGGGGUCCAGGAUCACAGGUGUACAACGCCAUGGCCAGUUUACACAGAGGCCAUAGAGUAAACUUCCUGUGUGCUAGGCAAGCACUCUGUCACCUGAACUACAUCCCCAGCCAGCCUUUGUCUUUCUGUGGGUACCUGUGGUGCUGGGACCCGAACCCUCAGGAAUACUAAUCGAGCACCCUCCCACUAAGCCACACCCUCAGGGCAAGGGGCGUGUCUUUUGACCUGACUCUUCCGUUUCUGCUUCACUACUUCUCAUGUGUACCCUGACCGUUGGCUGACGUAGCAACAGUCAGACACUCUGACAUUUAUGUCACGGCUGGUAUCCAAAGUGACAACAGAGAACAGAGAAGGAGAGACGCUCUCUCAGGGCCCUCCCACACUGGACAAGGUGUUCUUCCCGAUGUCUCCAGGAAGCCUCUUCCCAUAUUCCUGCCCCAGCUCUUGCCACGUCCAGGCCCCACCUCACUGCCUCCUCCUCCUUGUCUUUCUGUAGUCAGCAAGCGGACCCUCUUUUUAGUAAAUGUAACUGGUGCCAAGGAGGAAUCUCUGGUUCUCAAGCAAGAACUUGACUCUAACUCACUCAGAUCUCUUCCCAGAGGAGCCUGGGAAAGAAUAGAGGGCCUGUUCAAUCCGAAUCCCAACCACUAUCAGAAAGAGUAGCGCUCCCCAGGGCCGGGAAAGGCACCUCGUGAGUACAAAGCCUCUUUCUCAGCCGUCCACCCGCAGCUUGGCUCUCCUCUCCACAAUCAGUUUAGGCCACCUUGCUUAAGCAGUGCGAGAUGACAGGGUUGGUGUCAUGUGAUGGGAAACUAAGAAGGAGAAAAACUUAUACAGAGGUUCCAGCUUGAGAGAGGGAGAUGGGGGUGAAGACAAGCAGGCUAAUGUGGCAGAGCCAGCAGGCAGGGGCAUUAAAGACAACGGUGUAAGUCCCACCCUCUAACCGGAGUGAUACAGGUGCUGUUUAAGAGGUAGAAAACCUCAAAUGAGACCAAAUGCCUGGUGGGAGAACCAGGAGUCCACAUGCAAAAUCGCUGAACAGACUCAGAGCCUCAGAGAAAAGCAACCGAAUGCUCCACUUCUGAAAGAGAGUCGCCUGGUCUCCUUUGGGGGCCAGUGGCCCUCAUUCCCACACUAAGCCCUCCUACCUACCCAGCUCUCCUGCGCUGGGUUUCUACAGCUGUAUUGUUCUGCGGCUGUGGUUACUUAACCCCACAGCUUCUGAGCUAUGGUAGACUUCACUAACUGUGCACCCUAGAGCAAUCCCACUGGGUCUGUUCUAGCUGGGACGAGCAUCGUUAUCCCCGUAUUACUGUUAUAAAUAGCCACCUAGGAAAAUAAUAAAGAAUGCUUGUUCUCGG